CCAAACCCUAGGGUCUAAUAUAUCAUCAGCUCAGCAGCUGUGUUGUUGUGAUUGUGGCGAAAGAGUCAGACCAAACAGACACCUCAGUCUGCUGCACAGCUAAAAGGAGUCAUGGGUGAGGGAGGUGUACCGGUCCCAGAGUCUGUACUGAAGAAGCAGAAAAGAAGUGAGGAGUGGGCCCUUGUAAAGAAGCAAGAGCUUGAAGCAGCCAAGAAAAAGAAUACUGAGAACCGCAAACUGAUCUACAACAGAGCUAAGCAGUAUGCUAAGGAGUACGAGGCGCAGGAGAGGGAGUUGAUCCAAUUGAAGCGCGAGGCACGAUUGAAGGGAGGAUUCUAUGUUGACCCAGAGGCAAAGUUGCUCUUCAUCAUCAGAAUCCGUGGUAUUAACGCGAUGGCUCCUCAGACAAAAAAGAUUCUGCAGCUUCUUAGAUUGAGACAGAUCUUCAACGGUGUCUUCCUGAAAGUUAACAAGGCAACCGUGAACAUGCUGCACAGGGUUGAGCCCUACGUUACUUACGGUUAUCCCAACCUGAAGAGCAUUAGAGAAUUGAUCUACAAACGAGGUUACGGCAAGGUAGACAAGCAGAGAAUUGCUUUGACUGACAAUUCCGUCAUUGAGCAGGUGUUGGGCAAACAUGGAAUUAUUUGCAUCGAAGAUCUUGUCCAUGAGAUCAUUACCGUUGGAUCACAUUUCAAGGAGGCUAACAACUUCCUAUGGCCGUUCCAGCUUAAGGCACCUCUUGGUGGACUGAAGAAGAAAAGAAACCACUAUGUUGAAGGUGGUGAUGCUGGAAACCGCGAGAAUUACAUCAAUGAGCUCAUCAGGAGGAUGAACUAAAAGAAUCUCACUAAGCAGCAGCAAAUUUUGUUUCUUUAAGUUUGUUUUUGGUGUUUGAACUGUUUGUAAUAUGGAACUAGCUAGGUUUCAGGUUUUGUUCUCAAGGUUAAAUUUAGUCUUUGGAUCUACUAUGCCGGUUGCCUCUUGUUUUCGGCCUCUUUGCCUGCAGGACUUUUUAGCAAUGUUUGAUUUCAAAGUGGAAGUGCUUGUUCAGCUUUACAUAUUUGGUUUA